AUGAGUUACGCAGAGGCCGCGGCCAAGGGCCCCAAGCAGCGUAGUCGCGCACCACCUGUCCCAGAAAUCGCACCUUCCGAGUCCGAAUCUGCCAGCUUGAUUGACGUGGAUUCUCCUCAUGUCAGUCACGUCGUGUCUGAUUUCCAGGACCAAGCCAUCAAGACAGAGACCCAGGCUGAGCGAAUCGAGCACGAGGCGGAAGACAAAGCCCGUGCGGAGGCUCAAAAGGCUGCCGAUGCUGCAGAGAAGGCAAAGAAGAAGGCCGCUACCAAAGCCAAGGAGGCAAAGAGUGCCCUGAAAAAAGAAGGCAAGGCCUUGAGCGAGAACAGAGACAACCCAGUUGUUAUUGGAAACGCCGUCAUUUGGGGUAUCGCCACCGUGGCUAUUGGCUAUGGAGCAUACCAGAAGCACAGUGAAGGCAAACUAGACUGGAAGCUUGCCGGAACUGUUGCUGGUGUUGUUGGUGCCUUUGGAGUUGCAGAUUACUUUGGCAGCAAGUGGCUACUCGAAAACAAGUAUCCUCCCAAAUAG